CCGCUCUGCAUUCUGGGAAGAGGCCAUAUUGCAUCAGUCCAGCAUGGGUGAAGACCAGAACACCGCGAAAAAAGCGCUUCAGCCACAUUUAUCGAAACAAGAUCUAAGUACACUUAAUGUUGACACUUUGACUGCUCUCAGUCCAGAAGUUAUCAGUCGACAAGCAACAAUAAAUAUUGGCACUAUUGGGCAUGUAGCUCAUGGCAAAUCAACAGCUGUAAAAGCAAUCUCAGGUGUUCAGACUGUUCGUUUUAAAAAUGAAUUAGAAAGGAACAUUACCAUCAAAUUAGGAUAUGCUAAUGCUAAGAUAUAUAAAUGUGACUCGGAAUCUUGUCAACGUCCUGGCAAUUAUCGGUCUUGUGGUAGCGCAAAGGAGGAUAUUUUUCCAUGCGACCGUCUUGGCUGUACAGGGAAAUUCCAGUUGUUACGGCAUGUUUCAUUUGUUGAUUGUCCUGGCCAUGACAUUCUUAUGGCCACCAUGUUGAAUGGAGCUGCUGUCAUGGAUGCUGCUCUCUUACUUAUUGCGGGUAAUGAACCGUGUCCACAGCCACAAACAUCAGAACAUUUAGCUGCUAUAGAAAUUAUGAAAUUGCAACACAUUAUUAUUCUGCAAAACAAAAUAGAUUUGGUAAAAGAAUCCCAAGCCAAGGAGCAAUACGAGCAGAUUUUAGCUUUUGUAAAAGGCACGAUAGCCGAGGGUGCCCCUAUCAUACCUGUAUCUGCUCAGUUGAAAUAUAAUAUUGAUGUUGUAUGCGAAUAUAUUGAUAAAAAAAUACCUGUCCCUUUGAGAGACUUUAAAUCAGAACCAAGGUUAAUAGUUAUUCGAUCCUUUGAUGUCAAUAAACCAGGCUGUGAAGUGAAUGAAGUGAAAGGGGGUGUUGCUGGUGGUAGUAUUUUAAAAGGAGUUUUGAAGGUUGGACAAGAAAUUGAAGUACGGCCUGGAAUAGUAAGCAAAGAAAAGGAUGGCCAACUGUCAUGUAAACCUAUUUUAUCCAGAAUUCUGUCACUAUUUGCUGAGCAAAAUGAUUUACAAUAUGCAGUUCCUGGUGGUUUAAUAGGUGUUGGAACAAAAAUUGACCCAACAUUAUGCCGUGCUGAUAGAAUGGUGGGGCAAGUAUUAGGAGGUGUUGGUGUGUUACCAGAAAUUUAUACAGAAUUGGAAAUAUCUUACUUUUUGCUCCGCCGAUUAUUGGGUGUGAAAACUGAAGGCGAUAAGAAAGGAGCAAAGGUCCAAAAAUUGGCUAAGAACGAAACUUUAAUGGUAAACAUAGGUUCUUUAUCAACUGGUGGGAGAGUUUUGGCUGUAAAAGCUGAUUUGGCUAAAAUUGUUCUGACUUCACCUGUUUGUACAGAGAUUGGUGAGAAAAUUGCUCUGAGUCGGAGAGUUGAAAAGCACUGGAGAUUAAUUGGCUGGGGACAAAUUCGUCGUGGUUUGACAGUAAAGCCUGUUGGUCCUGAUGAGUGAGCUUACAAUUACCACAUCGGUAGACUCUUAACUAUGUAAAUGUAAUUGAUGCCUCCCCUUACUUAGGACUGGCAACGAGAUUUUUCUGAGAGAACAACAUUUAACAUCUAUAACUUGCAAUAAGUGCAAAAUUUUCAUGGUUUAUUGCCUGACUUUGCUAAUAUGCAACCACAGAAGCAGUUUAAUAAAUAUUAUUUCUUGACUAUG